GUGAUCCGGAGGACGGGAAAAGUUGAGUGAGUGGUGAACGAGAGGGAGAGCGCCUGUUGUCUUAGCCGUGUCGUCGGCGCGGGGAUGAUGUGGUGAUAUGGUGCGGAGGUCACGCGCGUUCCCGAUGCCCUACGUCGUGCCGACGUCGCGUUACUCCUGUCACUAUCGCUGGACUACGGCGUACGGAGCGUCUGAGGUGUCAGCGGUGACGUCUCGUCGGGAGCGACGUAUCCUGCUCGGUGGAACCACUACUUCGUGGUAAGUAGUGGUCUCCGAUCGUUUGAAAAGCGAGCGGCCCGCAGCCGCCGCACCGGACGGGAGAUAUGCGCAGCAAGCAGCAGCCCAGGCCUUCUUUCCGAUGGCCGCAGCAGCGCGGUGAUAACCUUACCGGGGAGGACGGCGUCGAAGGCUCCGCGCCCGGUACGGACCUCCAAGGUGAGGAGGGCGAUUGCGUCGACGAGGAUGGCCCCAUUAGCCCUAGCGAGAGGGGUUGCGCGCCCGCUGCGAAGGAGGACGAAGAUGCCGAGGGAACGGACGAAGAGGAUGACGAGGAGGCAUCGCCACCUACGCCACCGCCUUCCGCUACUUCGAGAUUAAACCCGACUAUUCUGAGAGACACGGGACCUCCGGACAGGGAGCCAAUGAGUCCGCGCUGUCCCUCGAGAGAUUCUCGGGAAUCGUCCGGUCCGGCGACCGGAAGCCCCCCACCACCCGCUACCAGGAGCAGCGCGAGCCCAGUCAGUCCAAGUAGUAUCGUGCCUCUACCCCUUGGAACUCACCCCCUACUACCACCCCACUCAGCAGCGGUGAUGGCGGCGUACCUGCAACAGACCCAUCAGCGCCUCCUCCUCGGGCACUCACCCCUGUCGCGCGGCUCGGUGUCGCCUCUGGUUUCCUCCUCGUGUUCGCCACCGGCGGCGACCCCCGGCCUCUUGGUGUCGCCUACCAGCGUCGGGGAGCUCUCGCCGUCGGCGACGCCUCUGCCGGCGGUGCUGGACUUCAGCACGAGGAAAGCGGCGUCUUCCAUCGAGGAGGACGAGGAGGAGCAGAUAUUGAACCUCAGCAAACCGCCCACGCCGUCCUCUUCGACGGAGACGAACAACGGCCCGCUGGACCUGUCGGUGCCCAGCAGGAAGCGACCCGGUCCGGAGGACUCGCCGCCGCCGCCGCCGCGCAAGUCCUCGAGACUGGCGUCGACGGCGAGCAGCGCGAGCCACCACCAGGAGACGGUGCCGGGGGUCGCGCCGUCCAGCUUCGGCAGGCCGCCCGUGGUGUCCCCGUGGACGUCGCCGGUGGUAGCCUCGCAUUUCCCCUACUUCGCCGCGGCGGUAGCGGCAGCGGCUACUAGUCAGCAGCAGCUCUCGCCGAAGAGCACCGGCGGCGUCGUGGAUCAUCAUCAGCUGUGGAACGGCAAGAUGAAGCCGCCGGCGCCGGCGGCACUGGAGAAACCGUAUCAGCCGAGCGAGGCGACGAAGGCGCUCGAGAAGAUGAGCGAGCUGAGCAAGUUGGGCGGCGAGGAUCUCUUCAGGUCGUCCUCCGGAGGCGGCGGCAGCUCCGCAACGGCCGGCGGCACACCGGCGACCACGUCCAGCAGCCGUCACAGCGCCUGGCAGUCUCACUGGCUGAACAAGGGGGCCGAUCAGGCGAAGGACGUGCUCAAGUGCGUAUGGUGCAAGCAGAGUUUCCCGACUCUGGCCGCAAUGACGGCGCACAUGAAAGAAGCGAAACACUGCGGCGUGAAUAUGCCGGUGCCACCGCCGGCGUCCGGGCUUCACUCGCAGCAGACGACGAUGCCGAGCGUACCGCCGCCGCAGCAACCGCACCAACCGCCGACCUCCGUCGGCGGCAACGCCCCGGGCAACAGCGCGCCCAGCAGCAAGCAAAGUCCAUCCGACCUGAACCUGCUGAUCAAGGAGACGAUGCCGCUGCCGCGCAAGCUCGUGCGCGGCCAAGACGUCUGGCUGGGCAAGGGCGCCGAGCAGACGCGGCAGAUACUCAAGUGCAUGUGGUGCGGCCAGAGCUUCCGCUCGCUCGCCGAGAUGACCUCGCACAUGCAGCAGACGCAGCACUACACGAACAUCAUCUCGCAGGAGCAGAUCAUAUCGUGGAAGUCGUCCGACGACGGGAAGAGCGGCAGCACCGCGGCGGCCGUGACCGGCGCGGGGAGCAACGCCGCGGGUGUCCAGCCCGGCGGCGGUUCCGGCCCUCACGGAGGAAACGGUCCCGGCGGCCCCGGUGGCGGCGCCACCAGCAGCCACGUGAGCGCCGUGUUGACGUGCAAGGUGUGCGACCAGGCGUUCAGCUCUCUCAAGGAGCUGAGCAACCACAUGGUGAAGAACUCGCACUACAAGGAGCACAUAAUGCGCUCCAUCACCGAGAGCGGCGGCCGCCGGCGACAGACGCGCGAGAAGCGAAAAAAGUCACUGCCCGUGAGGAAGCUGCUGGAGCUGGAGCGGGCGCAGAACGAGUUCAAGAACGGCGACGCCGCCGCCGGGCUGACUCACAGCCUCGGCAAGCACGCCGGCAGGAUCACCUGCGAGAAGUGCGGCGAGAAGAUCGAGACUCCGCUCUUCGUCGAGCACAUACGCCAGUGCAUCGGCGCCGGCACGGUCGGCGUCAAUCAGCGGAACUUCCUGAAGAACGCGCUCAUGUCGAAUCACCUCUCGGCGACGCUGCCGCCGGCCGAGAGCGGACGCAAGAGCGUCAACGAGGAGACGUCCUCGAUAUCCUCGAGGCACCACCGAUCCCCCUCCUCGGCGAGCGACGCGACCACGCCGGGCAAGGACACCCCGACGCCCAACGAGAGCACCGCGCCGAUCGGCACCUCGCCUUCCGUUCUGAACGCCAUCGAGAAGCUGAUCGAGAAGAGCUUCGACUCCCGCGUGAGACACGGCACGCCCGGGCUGCACCACGCCCAACCCGGCGCGCCCAUGGGCACCAGCAUCCUCAAGCGUCUCGGCAUCGACGAGAGCGUGGACUACACGAAGCCUCUGGUGGACCCGCAAACGAUGAAUCUGCUCCGUUCCUACCAGCAGCACCAGCAGCAGCACUACAGCGCGAACGCCGCGGCGAGGAGGGAGCGGAGCGGCAGCGAGUCCAGCUCGAUCUCGGAGCGGGGAAGCGGCAGGACGGACACCAUGACGCCGGAGAGACGCAUCGACCUGUCGUCCGCCGCGAGCCACGAGAGACACUCCCUGUCGCACCACCAUCGCGUCACCCCGGAGAAGCAGACCGCCGCCGCCGCCGUGCCCCCCUUGCCCGCUCGCCAUCAUCCGGAGGAGUCCGGGGACGAGGAGUCCGUCGUGGUGAAGAAGGAGCCCCGGGACGAGGAGGCGGAGGAGAGAGGCGCGAACGAGGAGGAGCAGCAGCAGUCGACGAGAGAGGUGUUCGUGAAGAAGGAGAUAGUGGACGACUGCAGGGACGAGGAGGAGCAGCAGAGUUCCUACAAUCACCGACGGAGCGGCAGCCUCCACGAGACGGCCGAGGACGGGCGGGAGGUGCUCUCACCGCGUAUGAAUCCACCCACGCCGCGGCCGACCAGCCAGGUGGAGCAGGUGGCGCGCAGCCCCUGCAGGAACAGCACGAGCAGUCCCACCAGCAGCGACCGAUCGGUCACGCCGCGGGGCACGCCCGACACCAAGGCGUCCAGCAGCCUCGGCGCGCUCUCCUCCAUGUUCGACAGCCUGUCGGGCGGCGGAGGCAGCGCGAACGUCGACUCCCAGGGACGCAAGACCAGCAGCCAUCCUCUCGCGGCGUUGCAGAAGCUCUGCGACAAGACGGAGACGCGGGGCCCCAGCGCGAGCGGCGCCUCGAGAUCCUCCGCCGGCUCCGCCAUCGGCCCGAGCGGCGCCGGCGCAGGGGGAGUGGGGGUCUCAGGCCCCGGUCCGGGGCCCACGCCCGGUGCCAUCCUCGCCUUCAGCUGGGCCUGCAACGACGCCGUCGUCACCGCGGAUUCCAUCAUGAAGUGCGCCUUCUGCGACACCCCCUUCAUCUCCAAGGGCGCCUACAGGCAUCAUCUCUCCAAGAUGCACUUCGUCAAGGACGGCGUGAUCCCGGACCCGUUGACCAUCGGCAGGUCGGCGGCCGCUGCCGCGGCGGCGAUGGCCUCCCAGGGCACGUCCGGCGGACCGAGCCGCAACUCCUCGUCGCCGCCGAGCUCGCAGCGCAACAAAUCGCCGCCGUUGCCGCAGGCGAACGGCAGCCCGUCGCAGUCAGCGGCCUCUCCCCUCGAGGAGAGCCCGCACUCCAAAUUUCUCAAGUAUACGGAGCUGGCGAAGCAAUUGUCCAGCAAGUACGUAUAGUCCGAGCCCCGUAAGUAGCGGCGCCACUUGUACAUAAGUGUAUCUAUACGACUGUAACUAGCGAUGUGGUUGGACAAAUUUUCACCCCUUCCCCGCGAACACCGCCGCGCCGGACGACGUCGUCGCGCAUCCGACGUCUUCGGGUUUAUGCUUAAAGAGGCUGUGUCGUGGCUGUACCGGUGCCGGGGGACGGAGAUCCCCGCGAGGAUACGGGAAUAUGCUCUCUGAUGCCGAAUCGCGAACGAGGGAGGGG